UCGCAGGCCUAAGCGGUCCGCCGCUCCGCACCUGUCCUGCCGCCGCCGGCGCGGGGGCGGGACCGGACAUUUCGACCGUGCGCCACACAACUAACUCAACGGCGCCGCCGCGCCGGCCAUCUCGUCGCCCCCGCGGGAGAAGCGUGGAGCGUUCCUCUCGAGCCCGUCGUGGGCUCUCGAGAACCUCCGCCCGCCCGCUCGGCGGGGAUGGUGAAGAUAGUGACGUACAACGUGAACGGGCUGCGGCCGCGGGUGGCGCAGCACGGCUCGCUCCGCCGCCUCCUCGACUCGCUCGACGCCGACAUCAUCUGCUUCCAGGAGACCAAAUUGUCUAGGCAGGACUUGUCUGGGGAUGUCAUAAUGGCCGAGGGAUACGAGGCUUUUAUUUCGUGCAAUCGUUCUUCGAGAGGGCGUGGACCAUACUCUGGUGUUGCAACGUUUUGCCGGGUGACAUCAGCAUUUGCCAGUCAGGAGGUUGCUUUGCCGGUAGCAGCUGAAGAAGGCUUUGCUGGAUUACAGGGCUCUGCAAAGGACAAUGAAGUUAUUGGGGAUUUUGUUCUUGAUAUGCCUAUGGAUGAGGAAGAUCUUGGCGAAAUAACAAGAGAGGAGCUGCUCAGGGUGGACAAUGAGGGGCGAUGUAUCAUCACUGACCAUGGACAUUUUGUUCUUUUCAAUAUAUAUGGCCCAUCUAUUGGAGAAGAUGAUGAAGAACGGAUUCGUUUUAAGCUACUGUUUUACAAGAUAUUGCAGAAACGAUGGGAAUUUCUAUUGGCUCUUGGAAAGAGAGUCUUCGUUGUUGGAGAUUUGAAUAUUGCUCCUAGUUCGAUAGAUAGGUGUGACGCAUCUCCUGGAUUUGAGAAGCAAAUGUUUCGGGAGUGGCUGAGAUCCAUGUUAAGAGAACAUGGGGGUCCCUUUUUUGACGCUUUCAGAUCAAAGCACCCUGAAAGGACGGGAGCUUAUACUUGCUUUAAUCAAAAAGUUGGAGCUGAAGAAUACAAUUACGGUUCUAGAAUAGACCACAUUCUCAUUUCUGGUGCCUGUUUUCAUGACUGCAAUUCGGUGGAAGAUCAUAGCAUUUUCCAUUGCCAUGUUGCUGAUUGUGAGAUAAUGAAUCAUUUCAGAAGAGGGGAUUCAGGAAAUAUCUCAAAGUGGAAAGGAGGGAGAAGUAGUAAGCUAGAAGGGUCUGAUCAUAUUCCAGUUUAUAUGAUACUGAACGGAAUACCUGAACUUCCUGCCCAUAAUACCCCACCAUCAGCUGCAAGAUAUCUCCCAGAAAUCCGUGGGCGGCAACAGAGUAUAGUAUCAUUCCUCAGUAAAGGAAAAUUGUGCGAAGCUGAAGAUGGCCCAGGUUUAAACAUAUCCAGGGAUAGAGCAAAUGAAAGCUGCUGCAGUGAUGACCUGGAAAGGAGAAGCAUUUCCAAGGAAGAAUUAGCAACUGGUAUAACCGAGUUUUCUAAAGGUGUUAACCAACCUAGUCCGACGUCUAAACGGAGGAAUCUUGAUCAUUGGAUAAAUGAAGGUUCAAGUGGCAGCUCCCAAAAUAGCAAUGUAACAUUACUGGCAGCACAAGGUAUGAAAACUUCCUUUUCUGGUAUCAAGUCUAUGUCUAACAAGAAGAACAAGCAUAACUUAUCCUCACAGCCAACAAUCAAGUCAUUUUUUCGAAGACCAGAAACAAAGCCAGGGGAUGCCAAUAUCAAUAGCUUAGCUAGUUCAGUAGGUACAGUACCUAGUUCAGUAGAUACAAUACCUAAAAUGGAUGAAUUAUGUUCUCCAAAAGAUGAUAGUCUGCAAGAAAACAUCCAGUGUACAGCUUCAGCUGAAGAUCCGGAUAACUUAGACAUAUCAUCUUCACUUUCAACUGAUAAAUGCAAUAUUGCAACAUUGGAGUGGCAAAGAAUACAACAGAGAAUGAAAAUGACCCUACCACUUUGCAAAGGACACCGUGAACCUUGCAUUCCAAGGUCUGUGAAGAAGGGCUCCAAUAUCGGCCGCUUAUUCUAUGUCUGUGCCCGUGCUCAGGGACCUUCAUCAAAUCCAGAAGCGAACUGCAAUCACUUUCAAUGGGCCUCUGUAAAAUCUAAAGGGAAGCGGCAAUGACUCUUUUGUUUGUCAGUGACUAUUUUCUGCACUUGAUUCCCCAGAAGCCCUGGACACUUGUCAGCUUGUGCUCCGCGUGAGUCUGAUGUAUCGCCUGCUCCCAUGUUGGGAGCAAGAUGGUCCUUAUUCAGUGCAAAUUCUUUUACUAACAGAGGUACAUAGUUUGUCCUUGUAGAGUUCUAAUUAGAUGGUUUUUGUACCCGGUACCCUCCUUUUCCUUCUUGAAGAGAAGUAGCCUCCUCCUUUGUUGUAACUUCCAAGUCAAACAAACAAAAUGCGACUCUCUGUUGUUGGGUGGCUAAUGAAAUGCCACUUGGAGCCCUCGUGUGGUUCUGUUUGUUGAA